AUGAAGUUUUCAGUCUCUCUGCUUGCCUUCCUGGCCCCAGCGGCCAUGGGACACUACAUGUUCCCGCAGACCGUUCUCGGAAAUUCCAAGUCCACGAACUGGCAGUUCAUCCGCCAAACUGCCAACGACCCUAGCCAGAUCCCCGUCAGGGACCUCGACUCCCCGCAGAUGGCCUGCUACGAAAAGACCGGCCGCGCCGCGUCCGGUGUGCAGACCGUCUCCGCGGGCUCGAAGAUCGGCUUCGCCUCCUCGGCGCCCAUCACGCACGCCGGCCCGUUCUUGGUCUACAUGGCUCAGGUCCCCGAAGGACAGGAUGUCGACACCUGGCAGCCAACGGGCAAGGUCUGGUUCAAGACCGACCAGUUCGGCGCCAUAUCGGCCAGCCAGUUCGAAACCGGCAUGAGUGAGAUCACCACCACCAUCCCAGUCAGUCUCAAGGCCGCCACCUACCUGAUGAGGAUCGAACACGUCGCCCUGCACAUUCCCAACUCCCCGGAGUUCUACCUCAGCUGCGCACAGCUCAAGGUCACGGGCAACGGUGCCAGCACCCCGACUGACCUGGUCGCCUUCCCUGGCGCCUACACCAAGAGCGACCCGGGCCUGUUCACUAACAUCUACAUCGGCGGCUCGGCGAAGUACAACUACCCCGGCCCAGCCGUUUUUGGUGGUGGUGGCAGCGGCGGUGCUGGUGGUGGCAGCGGCGGUGCUGGUGGUGGCAGCGGUGGUGCUGGGGGUGGCAGCGGCGGCGGCAGCGGUGACAGCAGCCCGGCUCCCGGCAACUCCACUACUACUCCUCAGCGCCCUGCUAGCAACCCCACCGGCCAGUCUACUAACCCCAGCUCCAGCCCCUCGAACGGAAGCUGCGCGGCCAUGUACGGACAGUGCGGUGGUACGGGCUGGACCGGACCUACCUGCUGCACUUCUGGAACUUGCAAGGCGACCAACUCUUUCUACUCGCAGUGCUCGUAG